AUGCCAGUACAAGAGUUUUUCAAGGAGCCACUCACUAUGUAUGAAAUAGCCGAACAGUAUUGGGAUUUGAAAGCUUAUCCGACACAAUAUGUGUUCUCACUUCUCGCAUUAGCGUCUGAAGAUAAAUUAGAAAAAGAUAAAUGUAUAGAACUCAGUUCGUCAGAAGGACAAGAAGAUUGGCUCAAUUAUUGUAGAAGACCAAAAAGAACUAUUCUAGAAGUAUUACACGACUUUCACAAAUCAGCAUCGAAGUUAACUAUAGAGAUAUUAUUCGAAUUAUUCUGUUCAAUUAAACCGAGAUCCUUUUCUAUAGCGAGUAGUUGUUUAUCGUCAAACGGAAACAAAUUAGACUUAUUAGUAGCUGUUGUCAAAUAUUACACUAAAUUAAAAAAAGCGCGACUCGGCCUAGCCUCCAAUUGGUUGAAGAGUUUACAAAAUGGCGACAAAGUUUAUGGUUGGAUAAAGAAAGGAUCGAUUAAAUUUCCAGAUGAUAAGGAUAUACCACAAAUUUUUGUUGCACCCGGUACGGGUUUAGCGCCUUUCAGAAGUUUGUUACAAGAGAGAAUAUAUGAAGGGACCGCUAAUAAAGAUGUAUUGCAUCUUUUCUUUGGAUGUCGCUACAAAGAAAAGGAUUUCCAUUGUAAAGAAGAACUUGAGAAAAUGGUUGAAGACAAACAAUUAAGCUUAUACACAGCAUUUUCUAGAGAUCAGGAUAACAAAAUUUACGUUCAACAUAAAAUAGCUGAAGCAUCAAAUGAGUUAUGGCAUCUCAUACACAAUAAAGGAGCGUACAUAUUUAUAUCGGGCAAUGCCAAAAAUAUGCCAAAUAAUGUUCGGGAUGCAUUCAUAGAAGUGUUUCAUACAUGCGGUAACAUUGAUAUGGUGGAAGCUAAAGAAAUGCUCAAAGAUAUUGAGAGAAAUUGCAGAUUGCAAGUUGAAACUUGGUGA